CCCCAAUCACAACGUUACGCGACCCCGGUCUCGCAGGGGCAAGCACAGGAGAAUCUCGACUCCACAACCUGCAUGCUCACUCGAAGCCCUCAUCUCUAAAAUCAUCCAAUGUUUUCCUGUAAGGCACAGAACUGACUUCCUCCUUGAAGGCUGAGGCGGGCAUCACCACCAGUAGCUGAUCAAAAACAUAAUGCCGUCGAUAGCCCAGGAAUCGCCGACGGUGCACGGGUCCAAGAAGAGGACGCGUAAGGUCAUCCCCAUCCCACCCGGCAAGCGGCGACGCCGAUCGGUCGACAUAGACGUGGGAGGGGAGGGAGGAGAUCCCAUGCAGCAAUCUCCCUCGGGCUCUCCUCCUCAAGAACGUCAGCACCAGCAACCACAUCAAUUACAACGGCGUCAGCAACCUCGCUCUAAGAAUACGUCCUUGGAAGACGAUGCAGAAGAAGAAGAAACCACCAGUCCCGCCAACCUCAUGAGCCGCUGCCACAUCUGCUUUCGCCGGCCAGACCUGAAGACUUAUAAGAACUCCUUCGCCGACUGCGAGAGCUGCGGCCAACGGACGUGCUAUGUCUGCAUCCGCGAGUGCCUCGGACCGGGGUCCAACAUCGAUACUAUGCAGGCUGCUGAGCCGGUCCCGCCAAACACCAUCACCACCACCACAGCAGCAGCAGCAACGACGACAACCUCCUCAGUUGAAGGAGACACAUCCUUUACCAUGACCGACGCAGACGCCGAAGCCAACAACGAACAAGUGUGGACAAGAGAAAGUGCAGCAGGAAGCAGGCACCGGCGGAUGGUGUGCAGUCGUUGCUGUGUAGAGAGGGGUCAGGACGGGGAGGUCGUCUGCCUCGGGUGUCUGCAAUACCUCGAGGGCUGAGCCUUUUGACGGACCCUGGCGAAGACAUGCCUUUUUGAGCCGUGUACAAGCCAGGUUUGUAUCAUGGCGACUUCAGAUCGUAACGGUUGAGCUCGUCUUCUAGCGGGUCGAUCCAACGAUCUUUGUCUUGGAGAUUGGUAUCAGGGGAA